GCAGCCGAGGUGACCAGUGUCCAGCUCCAAGCCCUGCCACAACCCUUGGAGGUCACCAAUAUCCAGCUUCAAGCUGCCGAGGUGACAAAUGUCCAGCUCCAAGCUACAGAGGUGACAAGUGUCCAGCUGCAAGCCCUGCCGCAGCCCUUGGAUGUCACCAACAUCCAGCUCCAAGCUGCCGAGAUGACAAAUGUCCAGCUCCAAGCUCUACCACAACCCUCCAAGGUGACCAACAUCCAGCUCCAGGCCAGUGAGGUGACCAAUGUCCAGCUCCAAGCCCUGCCACAGCCCUUGGAUGUCACCAACAUCCAGCUGCAAGCUGCCGAGGUGACGAAUGUCCAGCUGCAAGCGCUUCCGCAGCCCUUGGAUGUCACCAACAUCCAGCUCCAAGCCAGUGAGGUGACAAAUGUCCAGCUGCAAGCCCUGCCACAACCCUCGAAGGUGGCCAACAUCCAGCUCCAUGCUCUGCCACAACCCUCAGAUGUCACCAACAUCCAGCUCCAAGCUCUGCCACAACCCUCGGACGUGACAAAUGUUCAGCUCCAAGCUCUGCCACAACCCUCGGACGUCACCAACAUCCAGCUGCAGGCCACCGAGGUGACAAAUGUCCAGCUGCAAGCCCUACCACAACCCUCUGAGAUCACCAAUGUCCAGCUCCAAGCCCUACCGCAGUCCUCAGAGGUGCCUAGCGUCCAUCUCCAGGCCACGGAAGCGACAGAUGUCCAUCUCCAGGCCACAGAGGUACCCAAUGUCCAGCUGCAGACCACAGAGGUGACAAAUGUCCAUCUCCAAACCACCGAGGUGCCCGAUGUCCAUCUUGAAACCACUGAGGUGCCUGACAUCCAUCUCGAAGCCACCGAGGUGCCCAGUGUCCAUCUCCAGGCCGCAGAGGUGACCAGCAUCCAUCUCCAGGAUGCAGAGGUGACCACUGUCCAGCUGCAAGCCACUGAGGUGCCCAGCAUCCAUCCCCAAACCACAGAGGUGACAAAUAUCCAUCUCCAGACCACAGAGGUGCCCAAUGUCCGUCUCCAGACCACUGAGGUGACAAAUGUCCAUCUCCAGGCCACUGAGGUGCCCAGUGCCUGUCACCAAAUGAUGGAGGUGCCCAGCGUCCAACUCAAGACCACGGAGGUGCCCAACAUACAUCUCAAGACCACAGAGGUGCCCAGCGUCCAACUCAAGACCAUGGAGGUGCCCAACGUCCAACUCAAGACUAUGGAGGUGCCUAACGUGCAUCUCAAGACCGUGGAGGUGCCCAACAUCCAACUCAAGACCACGGAGAUGCCCAACGUCCGACUCAAGCCUAUGGAGGUGACAAAUAUCCAUCUCCAGGCUGCAGAGGUGCCCAGCAUCCAGCCGCAGCUCCCCGAGGUGCUCGUGGCGGGAGGGGGCCCGUCCCCCUCCCCGUCCCCACGGCUGGCGGUG